UUAAAAUAGUCCCUGGCUGCAGCUUCCCUCACUUGGUCCAAAAGUGGGGUGCAGCUACACCACCCCUGUAGGCACAAGCUGAAUGAAUUGCUUGCUUCACAGGUAGGGUCCCUUGAGCAAGCCAUGCUGGAUGCCCUGGUGUUGGACAGAGUGGAUUUUGUGAAAUUGCUCAUAGAGAAUGGAGUAAGCAUGCAUCGUUUUCUCACCAUCUCCCGACUAGAGGAAUUGUACAAUACGAGACAUGGACCAUCCAACACUUUGUAUCAUCUAGUCAGGGAUGUCAAAAAGGGAAAUCUACCUCCAGAUUAUAGAAUAAGUUUGAUUGAUAUUGGACUAGUGAUUGAAUAUCUGAUGGGAGGGGCUUAUCGCUGCAACUACACCCGAAAACGAUUCAGAACCCUCUACCACAACUUGUUUGGCCCCAAGAGGCCAAAGGCCCUGAAACUGCUUGGAAUGGAGGAUGAUGUCCCUUUGCGAAGAGGAAGGAAGACAACUAAGAAACGAGAGGAAGAAGUGGAUAUUGAUUUGGAUGAUCCUGAAAUUAACCAUUUUCCUUUCCCCUUCCAUGAGUUGAUGGUGUGGGCUGUCCUGAUGAAGCGUCAAAAGAUGGCCCUCUUCUUCUGGCAGCAUGGGGAGGAGGCUAUGGCUAAAGCUUUGGUGGCCUGUAAACUCUGCAAAGCCAUGGCCCACGAAGCAUCAGAAAAUGACAUGGUGGAUGACAUAUCUCAGGAGCUGAACCACAAUUCCAGGGAUUUUGGCCAGUUGGCGGUAGAGCUGUUGGACCAAUCAUACAAGCAGGAUGAACAACUGGCAAUGAAACUGCUGACCUAUGAGCUGAAGAACUGGAGCAAUGCCACCUGCCUGCAGCUUGCUGUGGCAGCCAAGCACCGAGAUUUCAUUGCUCACACUUGCAGCCAAAUGCUGCUCACUGACAUGUGGAUGGGCCGACUUCGGAUGCGCAAAAAUUCAGGUCUAAAGGUAAUUCUAGGAAUUCUACUUCCUCCUUCAAUUCUCAGCUUGGAGUUCAAGAACAAAGAUGACAUGCCUUACAUGACUCAAGCCAAUGAGAUCCAUCUACAAGAGAAGGAGCCAGAAGAACCAGAGAAACCAGUGAAAGAAAAGGAAGAGGAGGACAUGGAACUCACCGCAAACAACAUGCGCUGCCCCCAGGAUCCCGUCUGCAGGCAGGCAGAAGGACCUGCCUACAGGACCCAAUAUGCAGGCAAGCGGAAGGACCAGUCCUCACGAGCUGCCUACAGGACCCAUUUGCAGGCAAGAACCUGGCUGUUAGAAAAGAUGAGAUGCCAGCAUAGUGCAGAUGGGCUGCUUCCAGCUCACCAGCACUUAGUUGCAGUUUAUUAUUGCCAGCCUCGGGCACAUUGUAAAGUGGCUAUACAAAUCUAAUAAACACUUCACAAAGU